CAGUUCAAUUAAUCGUCAACUCAUCAAAAUAAUCAUGGAUGCCAUCAAUUCAGGAUUCUUUGAAUUGAUCACAUCUUAUAAACAUUGGGUACAAUCUAAUCCACAAUUACUGGCAGAUUUGGAGAGUACAGUAAGAUGUUUCUCUUACUUUACAGCUGGUCGAUUUAAUAAUUCUACAUUGGCAUCGGAACUUAUUUAUUCCAUACCAAAUUUAAUUGAAUUGUUUAACGAUUUAUUGAUAUCGAGUGGCAAGUAUAUGAAUUUGAAGAUACCAAAAUUGCAAUUAAAAAUUAAAAUCUGGUUAACCGUGUUGGAGUAUACAGAAGCUUUAUUUGAAGUAUCUGCACAUACAAUCUGGGGAAAGUCAGGGAAAUGGCUCAUUAUUGGAUUUAUACAAAUAUUUAAGGCUGUAAUGAGAUUGUGUUUGGUAUAUGUCUACAAAGAAAAUUUAGUGAAAAGUCCUUCUAUUAAGCCACUGAAUAGAAAUAAAAUAAAUGUAUGCGAUAAAGAUGUUAAAAUGAGAGAAGGAUUUCAGUUGAAACGAAGUGGUAUCGUAGUUAGGAGUAUUAGAACCUCUAGAUCUAUACAAACACGGGUCUGGGCACCUAUACCAUCUAUGAGAGAUGAAAAUGAAAAUGUUGAUAAUGCUUUUAUAUCUAAACGAAUGUUGAAAUUAGCAGAGACUUUUUAUAUAAUAAAGCCAUUGAUCCAUCUUGGUUGUUUAUCUACAAUUGGAAAAAUGAAUUGGCAACCAUGGUUUUUGUCUUUAAUCAUUGAUUUAUCUAGUUUACAAUUAUUUAAUCAUUACGGAAAGGCAGCUGCACUUAAUGAAGAAGAAUGGAAAGAAAUUUAUCAAAGAAGAUUAGGUAUACUACUAUAUAUUUUACGUUCACCUUUUUAUGACAAUUACAGUCGUCUUAAAAUAAUAGCAAUACUGAAAAUUUUGUCUGCAAAAGUGCCUUUGGCUAGACUUAUAACAGAACCAAUAGAAAAAUAUUUACCACAUUGGCAACAGAUGUAUUUUUAUAUGUGGUCACGUUAAAAAAUAUCGUAAAUACGAUACGUUUAAUAUAAUGAUACGAACACAUAAAAAAUCGUAAUGUCGUGUAAAGUGCCUUGCAAUAUAUAAAUAGUUCUUCCAGAAUAUAAAAUCAAAUUGUGAGCAAAAAAUUUAUUACUGAUAUAAAUUAUACUUCUCUGCAUUUUGUAUAUAGAAAAUGUGUAAAAUAACAUUUAAUUUACAUUCCAAGUUUAUUUCUGUUUUGUAUUGAUUUUCUGUAACACACGUGCAAUACAGAUAUAGCCAGACAUUCAAUUUAAGAGAAAGAUCUGGUCAUUUACAAAUUUAGAUUAUAUAUUCAUAUAUUUAUUAAUUUUUUUGUAAUUAUUUUAACCUGCGUAUCAUAUGUUAUAUGAUACGCACAUGUGUGUGUGUGUGUACGCGUGUGCGUGUAUAUAUAUAUAGUGUCUAUCUUUUUUUGCAUAAUCAAUAUAAAAUAUUAUUCAUAGAUUUAAUUUCAUAUUAAUAAAAUAUAUUCAAAUUGUGUGAUGGUAUAAAUUACAGAAUAAUAAAGUAUAAUUAAUAUUA